GACAAGCAUGAAAGUCGACCUGGACGAGUGCAUCGAGCGCAUCACGCGCCUCGAGCUGCUGGACAUCUCGCUGAUCAACUUCCUCUGCGAGUCCAUGAAGGAGCUGCUGCUGCGCGAGCCGAAUGUCGUGCACAUCAGCGCGCCGGUCACGGUCGUCGGCGAUGUCCAUGGGCAAUUCUACGACGUGCUGGAGAUCUUCAAGGUCGGCGGCAAGUGUCCGGACACCAACUACCUGUUCCUUGGGGACUUUGUGGAUCGCGGGCACCACAGCGUGGAGACCAUCACGCUGUUGAUGUGCCUGAAGCUGCGCUACCCGGACCGGAUCACCCUCAUCCGGGGCAACCACGAGUCGCGGAGCAUCACCCAGAUGUAUGGCUUCUACACGGAGUGCCUGGCCAAGUAUGGCACGGCGCAGGUGUGGACCUACUUCACGGACAUGUUCGACUUCCUGUCGAUCGCGGCCCUGAUCGAUGACCGGAUUUUCUGCGUGCACGGCGGCAUCGGGCCGACCGUGCAGACGGUGGACGCCAUCCGGGCCAUCGACCGGUUCAAGGACAUCCCCACCGACGGGCCGCUGGCCGACAUCAUGUGGAGCGACCCGGACCCGGUGAAGGAGGACUUCUCGGUGUCGCAGCGGGGUGCCGGCUUCACCUUCGGCAAGCGCGUGGUCAAUCGCUUCUGCGAUGUGAACGCCGUGGACCACAUCCUCCGGGCGCACCAGCUGUGCAUGGAGGGCUACCAGAUUCUGUUUGACGACCGCCUGACCACGGUGUGGUCGGCACCGAACUACUGCUACCGGUGCGGCAACAAGGCGUCCAUCCUGGAGGUGGGCGAGAAUCUGGAGCGCAAUUUCAACAUCUUCACCGAGGCCCCGGAGUCCAAGCUGGAGGCCCCGGCCAUCCCGAAGGUGGUGGACUACUUCCUUUGAGCGAUGCGCCGCCCAGGCGUCGAGGUGCCCCCCUGGUGGCUUCCUCUUUCCCUUUUUUCUUUUUUUUUUUGCUGCCCCCUGCAGGGGGAUGUCCUUGCGCGCCCGUGUGAACAGGCACCGGGCCCUGCACGCACACACACACACACCGCGGCCCGACUCUCUGGAGAGCGAGAGAGGAAAAACAAAACACACGCCCCCCUGCCCUC